CUGUUGAGGGUAUUUUUGCGAAUUUUUAUGACCCUGAGCUCUUUUUUUAAGCCGUCUUCUAUUUUUUAUAUAAAAUUUGUUUUAUUUGCUGACAUAUAUGUAUUUUUAAAUCCACAAAAAAAUAUCCCAAAAUUCUGUAAAGGUUCUUCUGUUAUCAUACACGAUGAUAAGCCGCAAGAAGCAGAUGAUCCCUUCAAAAUUUAUGAAGAGGAAAUACAUUUUCAAGAAGAUAAUGAACCCCUUACUGAAGUUGAAAAAAGUUCAACAUUUGAAGAGAAAGAUGAAGAAAAAGAUGAAGGAGGAGGAGGAGGAACAGAUUUAGGUGUAAGUACCUACGAUAAUGUUCAUCGUGAAACAAGUAAUGGAUUUAAUGAGGAAGAUAUUCAAGAAGAAGAGGAACAACAAAAAAGAGGUAGUCAUGAUGAUGUAACUACAAAGUAG